GCGGCGGCGGUGGCGGAGCGGGGACUGCGGGGCCGGUCAUGGCUGCGAACCUGAGCCGGAACGGCCCGGCGCUGCAGGAGGCCUACGUGCGGGUGGUCACCGAGAAGUCCCCGACUGACUGGGCUCUCUUCACCUACGAGGGUAACAGCAAUGACAUCCGUGUGGCCGGCACUGGGGAGGGGGGCCUGGAGGAGAUGGUGGAGGAGCUCAACAGCGGGAAGGUGAUGUACGGCUUCUGCAGAGUGAAGGACCCCAACUCUGGUCUGCCCAAGUUUGUCCUCAUCAACUGGACGGGCGAGGGUGUGAACGACGUGCGGAAGGGAGCGUGCGCCAACCACGUCAGCACCAUGGCCAGCUUCCUGAAGGGGGCCCACGUGACCAUCAACGCAAGGGCUGAGGAGGACGUGGAGCCCGAGUGCAUCAUGCAGAAGGUGGCCAGAGCCUCAGGUGCCAACUACGCCUUCCACAAGGAGAGCGGCCGUUUCCAGGAUACGGGCCCUCAGGCCCCGGUGGGCUCCGUGUACCAGAAGACCAACGCCAUAUCUGAGAUCAAAAGAGUUGGCAAAGACAGCUUCUGGGCCAAAGCAGAGAAGGAGGAGGAGAACCGCAGGCUGGAGGAGAAGCGGCGGGCGGAGGAGGAGCGGCAGCGGCUGGAGCAGGAGCGCCGGGAGCGGGAGCUGCGCGAGGCCGCCCGCCGGGAGCAGCGCUAUCGGGAGGAGCAGGGUGGCGAGGCCGGGCCCCAGAGCAGGAAGAGUGAGCAGCAGGAAGUGGUUUCAAGGAGCCGAGAGGAGCAGGAGCCGGUUAGCCAGCCAGCACACCCACGCGAGAUUUUCAGGCAGAAGGAGAGGGCCAUGUCCACCACAUCCAUCACAAGCCCCCAGCCAGGCAAGCUCAGGAGCCCCUUCCUGCAGAAACAGCUCACCCAGCCAGAGACCCACCGCAGCCCGGAGCCCACUCAGGCCUCCUCGAGGCCCAGGGCAGAUGUCCGCGAGGACCCGGCGCCCAGCCCUCCGCCGUGUCCAGUGCAGGCAGAAGAGGAGGCUGUGUACGAGGAGCCUCCGGAGCAGGAGACCGUCUACGAGGAGCCCCCGAUGGAACACGUGCCGCAGCAAGAUGCCGGCUCUGAGCACGUGGACCACUACCCGGGGCUGAGCGGCAAAGGGCUCUGUGCGCGGGCCUUGUACGACUACCAGGCAGCUGAUGACACGGAGAUCUCCUUCGACCCCGAGAAUCUCAUCACGGGCAUCGAGGUGAUCGACGAGGGCUGGUGGCGUGGCUACGGGCCGGACGGCCACUUCGGCAUGUUUCCUGCCAACUACGUGGAGCUCAUCGAGUGAGGGCCCUCUGCUACUGGCUGCGCCAAGG